AAUUACAGUCAGUAAGACCACGUCCAGAAAACACACCUCAGCUGAAGAAACGAAACGUUGCGCAAGGCUGCGACGACCGCCUGAGAGACCGGGGUAUUUCGCUCCCGUCCUCGUCAGCUGCAGAGACACACGAUGCCUUCAAAGUCCCGACAAUUUGUCUGAGUUUUCGUUCCCAUCUGGCACUACAACUCUCCGAAUAUGAGCGAAUCACGCAACAUAGAAGAUCUUUUACAGACGGGCUUCUUUACAACCUCUAGGGCUAAAACCCCCAAACAACCUAGCACGGAUGCUCCGGCCGUUCCUCCUCAUGUCUCCAGCAUCUCCAAUAUUACCCGACCGGCCUCCAACCCGGAUCCGCUGGUACCCAGAACCUUCGACCCGCCAUUAAGGCUCACCCGACGCAAACACUUUCCACCCCCGCCAACCGUCGAAGAUGAGACCGAAGCACUCCAAAAAGAGCACGGCAGCACUGCCUCGCUCGUCAGCGACACCGAGCCUCCAUCGCGAGGUGACGCCGAUCAAUACCCCAUCAUAUUGGAGGUACACGAACACAACCCUGAACGCCGAUUUGUCCUGGUGCCAAAGUCUGCAAGCGGGACAGAGGAUGAAGAUUCGUCAGACGACGCCAAGGCUCGCGCCGCCGAACGCUCGCGGCAUGCGAAGCCUGAGAUCAAGGGCGACUACGGAGCGAACUACGAGGCGAACACUGGUAGAAAAUACCGGGCACCUCCAACAGAGGAUCUAAAUCAACACAAGCGACCGGACCUCGAGAAGAAGAAGAGCAGACAAGAGCUUCCACGCAUUGAAACUGAUGUCAGGGACGAGCAAAGCCGGUCUCGGAAACACGAACGAACAAAAUCUGCGACUCGCGUGGAGCAGCAAUCUGCCGACUACUUCUCACCACAGGACGACAAGAGACAGCCCAAGGAGCCUCUUCUCUCACCACAAGUGAUCAAGCAUGCAACAGGUGGGCGCGAAAAAGCAUAUUACGACUAUUCGCAAUCUGCUCGGAAUGGUGCCCCGCGGCCCCAGAGAAGCCGCUCGAACCUGGCCGAUGACAGCAGAAGGUUCGACGACAAAUACACACGUCAAAACGCAUCAUCGAACCCGCCGCCGACGCGUCGCUCCAACACUAAUAUUGACUCUCCGCCCAAGGAGUCAAGAGUUGCAUCCGGCGACAGGUUGAACGAAUCUCCUCGCUACCAACGAGAACGGGUCGUACCGCGUGGCGAACGCCCACAGAAGAAGGAUCCUUCACCGCCCUAUGAUCGUUCGGACCGCGAGCGUGAGCGUGAGCGUGAGCGCGAUGGUGGUUCGAAGCGCACAUCCAAUUCCAAGCGCGAUACUCCGCGACGCAGGGAUGACAGUGGCUCCAGCAGCAGCGAUUACACGCAAACUCCACGGACAGCCAAUAUUCGGCGGAGAAAGUCGAUUGUAGAUCAAGAAGACAAGGAUAUUUUGCUGAGUCCUGCUCAGCUCAAGCCGUCUCAGUUGGCCAGGUCGAGAUCGCGGCCUCCCCCGGCAGAAGUUGUGAUGCCAUCUCCACGAGUAUCCACAAAGUCGUUCGCUGACGACAUUCCGCCUCCUCCUCCGCCUCGAUCUUCACAAACAUUCCCAGUGACAAGGGAACCCAAGGACAAUGGAGAUUUCAAGGAGAAGUCUGUUCCGUACCCUGAUGACGAUAUAUUGCCCAGAAUUAGUCGCCUCAGCGUCCGCGAUCCCGAGUCGCGUCCCUCGAGAGCGCGAUCAAGGUCUCGGGCAUCUACCUUUCACAAUCCAGUGAUAGUACCAGCGGUCAUGCCUGCCAUGCCUGCUCCUGCUGGACCACGGAGCCCAACAGAAAAGAGACGAUCGCCUGAGAGAAGGGCCAAUCUGAGUCAAACGAUUCCGCCAAUGGAGGCAUGGCCACCAGCCAAGUUUGACCCGGCGAAGAGCGCGCCGGUCGUCGACGGCCCGAGAGGUAGCUACCGGCGAUACUCGCACGAUGCAGACCGCGGUGGUGUAUCGGAUUUUCCCGAUUGCCCUCGGAAGAAGGGCAUUGUAGGCAAGGCCGAUUGGCUUAGUUUGCCAAGGUGCGACAACUUCAACAUCUGUCCAGACUGCUACAACGGGGUGUUCCUCAACACCGAAUUUCGCAACGACUUUAUGCCCAUGUUGUUCCGACCGAUGGACAAGCCAAUUGCCUGCGAUUUCGGGUCCAUUGGGUGGUAUCACAUCGCGUGGUUGUUGACGUUGAAGAAUCGUCUGACGGACUUGCGCCUAUUCUAUCAGGUCGCCAAUGUCACCAGCAAAGCGACUACUAGCAUUCAGCCCUGUUCGGGAGACCGUCGGAAUACCCGCGUUUGGUACUCGAUCAAGAACCCGUAUACGCAGAUGACGAUGCCAGACUUCACCGUCUGUUACGAAUGUGCCAAAACCAUCGAGGCGCUCCUCCCCAACCUGAUAGGCCUGUUCGUUACGCUCCAUCCCACGGCACAGCCCACGAGGAGCGUGUGCUCGAUGCACUUCAACCCCGAUCGAAAGCGUUUCGUGAUGUAUUUCGAUGCGCUUGAGACGACUUCGGAUCUCGCCCUGGCAACAACCCAAGCGCCUAACCUUGGGAAGCUUGUGACAGACAUUGAAAAUCUUUCCGUGUUUGCAGAGUGCUCCAAGGACAACCCAGUAUAUGAUCAAAACUGGCACGUCAUGCAAUUCCUUCCCCAGUUCACUGUCUGCGGUGACUGUUUCGACGAGGUGGUGGCGCCCCAAUUAAAAGACGGCAACGUCAUUGCGAGGAACUUUUAUGUGAAGCCACAACGCUUAGAAGAGGCGUCGUGUCAGCUGUAUUCCAUCAGAAUGAGGGCCGUCUUCGACAAAUCUUGCCGUCUUAAUGAGCCCAAGUACCUCGAGGCCAAGGUGAUUGAGCGGCAAAAGAUAUUUGCGGAGACGUACAAGAGGAUGGCAAAACUAGAGCAGGAGAGGACCCAGUGGUCUCGAGAGGAGAGUAAGAAGCUGCUUCAGGAAUGGGAAAAAUGGGAAUGACGAAUGCGUAUGAAUGAAAUGAACAUGAGAAACGGACGAGCAUGUGGUAGGGAUCAGCUUAUCCCACGGCCUGGAUCGCCAUAGAGCCUCUAGGAGACUUAUGAGUACAUUGAGAGAAUAAUAGUCUGUAAGAAAUUGGAACAGCCAUUGUGAUUGUCGAAAGCUUUGCCAUGAUGCGUAAUUAUGAUGUACCUCUUCUUCGAACCUUGGGCCUACAUGUUUAACAACACUUUCCUCGGUCGUUUAGUGAUUGGUUCUC